GGUCAAUGUUGUCAUAAAGCGCAAUACAUUCCUGCUCGGCGCCGAGUCUUCUGACUCCGGGGAAGCCGCUGACGUCAUCAACAAAAUAGUGAAAGAAAAAAGUGCAAUUAGUCAAGGCCUCCGAUACACAGCGCAAGAAGCCUGUGUAGCACUCGACGUUGCGCGCAGCGCGUGUUGCGUCGAAACAUAUUUCGCCUGGGCCCGAUGGCCGCGCACAUCGUCCGAUGGCAAGUUGUACCUUGAUGUUCUGCUUGUCCAAAAGCGGUACAGCAUGGAUCUCUCGCUUUGGAUUGGAUCCAUCCGAACCCAAGAUGAUGGCCGUGACGCGUCGGAACAUGGACGCUUGGAGACGUCAUAUACACAAUACAAAGGAGAGCGUUUAAGGGCUGGAGCCCUUGUAGCUAAGAAGGUGCAGGAAUUGCAUGACGCUGGGUAUGCUCAUAUGGAUUUGAAGCCAGAGAAUGCCCUGAUUGAUGUUUUUCAGGUACCAUCCUCGGAAGAAAAGUUCAAUUGGCGAUCCUUUUCUUUUUCCAACAAAAUCAUAAUAAAGCUGUUCGACUUCGACACGACACUGCCGGUCAACAUGAAGCUUCCUAUUCCUGGACUCGGCUUCUUGGGCACUGUGGCAUAUGCGGAUCCGUUUAUGCUGGCGCUCGGUGCUGAGAUAGAACCACUACCACAGGAAUACACAGAAGCACGCAGAUGUGAUAUGUUCAGCUUGGGCGGACUGCGAUAUACCAUACUCAUCGUGAUGCCACCAAAGGCGAGCGAUGUCCGUAUUUUCCUUAUGAAUCAUUCUAAGCAUAAGCAUCAAGACCAUGGUAACAGGAUGGGGAUCGUCUAAUGAUGAUCAUAAUCAACAGCGUACUAAUUUUCCACUUCCAGCAUGCUGUAUGUGGCCACUUUUCGAUUCCUGAAAUACAAUACUGUCGGACCUCGUCACUUUGCUGGUCAAAAAUCGCUUCAAUGUUCCGACGGUAGCACUGGAAGGAGCCCCCAUUUUUUGCGGAGUCUGCUCGUGUUGGGGUGCUUCCAAUUUUUUGCUUUUGUCGGCUCAGGUCUUUUCUGAUCCUGAGCAUGAAAAAGCCUAGACGGUCGGGGCGUAAUAAUUGUCACACCCCCCCCCCCGCUGGUCUGUGGUUUUAGUGCAGCAAAUUUGCCGGCGUGUGAUAAUUAUUACGCCCCGAAGUUAUAGGCAUUUUGGCAACGAUUCCGACAGUAGCAAAUCGACAGAAUCGAAAAGUGGCCACAUACAGCACCAUCCAUGAUCAAGCACAUAGCGGAAGCAAGAAGUUUAUCAAGACAGCGACAGCAAGGCUAUCGCCACUACUAGCAUCAAAAUUGCGAGGCCGAGACAUCGCGAAAAAAAAGUCUGGCGAUAGUGCUGAGCUGGUCUAUGAGAUGCUGCAGAAUAAUCGACCCAAGGGAUCCAAAAGAAAAAAAGCGCAGGGGUUUGCCGCCUCUAUUUGUGACGGCGCUUGUGUAGAUUCGCGCCAGCCACAGGAUUUGGGCGACGCUGCGGAAAACGACGACGCACGAGUGUCAUCACCAUACCCGUUCACUUGGCUGACCUAUAUGCAAACUAGCUGGAAAGCCAACAUCCGGGGCCCUGGCUUACUGGUGAGCCAAUGGCAUUAGUGUUGUGUCAGCGCAGUGGUCUGGUUUGGCAGGCCCGAGCAUUUGACGGCGCCGGCCGUUGCACCUACGGCGCAUAGGUUAGCCGCGAAGCGUGUCGAUAGUCCUCGACCUUCCUGGAGAGGUUGCGCGCCAGCGCUCACAGUGCGCGACCUCCCUCGCGGUCUCGCUGGUGUUCUGGCGCCAAGACUCCGCCGGGGAAGCCAGCCGCCACUCCCGUGCGUCGGUACUCGCGGAGCACGUGCGGCGUUGGCAGUUGGCUCAUUGGCCAGAGUGCGCGACUAGCCCCCGCAUGCGGGUAGCGCUGUCUCCUCGCUAGUUUUGAACUUGCGGCCCGCGCGUGUCGGCUAUCCUGCUGGAGUCAUCUGAGCGCCCGCUCCGCCCCUUCAUGCCUUGGCAGGCUUGACCUGUCCCAGCGAGGAAGGACCGCUCCACUCACUUAUCGCUCCCUCUCCGGCACUUCCCUGCGGAGGCCCCAGCCAGGCUCCUGCGUGCUUUUUGGUGUGGGCUUGGGUCGGCGGUCUGGGGCCCGCACUCGAAACGCGUGCUGGCCUUUGCGCAAUGAUGCGCCAGGACUCCACGUCCACGCCGAGCAGCGCCUGCGCCAGCGGUUUGCGGGGGCGGCUGCUGACUCUCGCCACGCCGUCGGCCUAUGCAGAGGAGGGGCGAACUCCCAGAACGGGGGCGACGCUGUGAGAAAGCAGGCGCCCACACAGUUCAGGGUCAGGCAGCCACAGUCGGGCGCUGUUGGACUGCUGAACCGUCUGCAAGCUGGGGGCCGCGCUCGUAAAUUCCGCGCGUUUCUUGUGCUGUGUCGUGCAGUCUAGCUACCACACUCCGCUCUGACUAACCCCACACGUGCCGCGGCUUGGCGUUGUUGUCAUGCCAGUGGUUGACGACGUCGGCUGCGGUGCUUAUGACGGCUACAGACUUCCCACUGAGCUUCGUGAAAUUGUAGAGGGCUGGGGCGUUGUCGGUUAGGGCUGGCGACUGGGCUGGAGCCGCUCGCCCAGGUCUGCAGCUGGUUGGCUGCCAGCGCAGCCGCUGCAGCCUCGAGCCGAGAGCCUUGGUCUUAGCGCCUUUGCGUGGUUUUUCUUGAAGUGGGGGGGUCAAGGUUUUGCCGGUGUGGUUGGCCAUUGCGUGCCUGAUGGUGGGCUGUCUUUCUGGCUUGCUGUCUGUCGUGGCGUCUGCGAAAAGGAAGGAAGCGCAGGGGCUUGCCUAUUAAUUUGCCCAGGCUUAGGCGUUGGCUUAGUUUACCUUUGUUUUCUGCUGUCCAUCCUUUCGAUGGUGGGCUGUUGUGGUGCGGGAGGGCGCGCGUCGCUGCAGCCUCUGCUUCGCCUUCUUUUCGAAGGUGGUGCCUUUCGUCCACGCGUAACUAAAGUCGGAGCUGGGGGCUUCGGUCUUGAUAAAUUAACUAACGUCCCUAGAAGUUUUUGACUUUGAAAACGGAGAGGCUUCCUUGGGAGCGUGGGCCUGAAAGUGGUGGCUGAGUCGGCUCUGGUGCAUGGCUUGAGAGUAUGGCAAAAGUGUGGCGCCUGGUCGAGUGCAAGCGUGCGCAUGGACUUCAGGUGGGAGUGAACAUUCAUUGAAGCUCAGGAUAGACAUGCGCCAGAAAUCAGCGAGGGAGGGGCAUUUGGCAGGAGGUUCGAGAGGGGUUCGAAGCUGAGUCUUGUGAAGAGAGAGAAAACGUAGCCGGGCGGUGUGGUUUGAGGUUCGGCCUUUGUUUCUAUGCGAGACGUGUGAGGCGGAAGCAGAGAGCGCAUGGACAUAGGUGGCAACGCAGGCCCUAAAAUUAAAGCAGGGGGGUCUUAGGUAGAAGACCCAAGGGGGAUCUCGUUGGAAAGCAAUCGGCGCCGCGUGUAGUUAGUUCGUAUUUGCUAAAGUUAGUGGCUGGCGUUGUGCCGUUAGUUAAUUUAGUUUCUUAGACCGUACGAGGGGGACCCGAUGGGAUAUUUCGCAGAGUUUUUCGAGCGAAAGCUGUCCCGCCUUCUCAAACCGAGCAAGAAGAAGCAGACCGUGCUGGAGUGGACAGGAGUGAAGACGAAGGAAGACACAGGUGCGGGAAGUACUAGAGCAACAAAAGCAAAGGCAGGCCUCACCGUCUUCGAGUAGUAGUAGCACCAAGCAGGAACAGCAACAGGGAGGCGAUGGGCAUUGUGUUGGCGACUUUUGGAACCUCAGCGGGAAGGCGUCCCGCCUCCAGUAUUCUGAGGGCCAGCGUUACUCGCUGGCUGAAUUGUCCCGGGAGGGUUUUGGGGUCAUUCUUUGGAGGUGGUUGGAAGCGGGGCAGCAUGCGUCUGGCGUGGUUAUUCGGAUGGAGGCAGAUACAACUACGCGAGGGCGCCUAGUGGGUUUUGGUGGGUUGUUGAACAAUUGGAAGCAGUCGAAGUGGCUGUCGUCCGGCGCCAUUCUGUACAUCUUGGCGCCUCGUGUCAGCGUAACCAAACCAAUCGGGAUUCUGCUUCCCACGCAUCUGAUGACCUUCGGGGCAGUCUGGGGCAACAAAGUUACCCGCCUGGGCUUUGGGAUCGCUGAGAAAGUUCUUGCAGAGUAUGACGCGACCGGGAAACCCGGCCGAGGGUUCGGGCUGCAGCGUCCUCUAAUGCUCUGCGUCUGCAGCCAGCGAUACGGGCGCGCCAGGCCAUUUGAUCUGGCCAAUAGCGCAGACUCGGGAGCGAGGUGAGCUGUUGGCUUUGCUUUUUGCGGUUCGAUGCGAUGCGCAUCAGGGGCCGAUCGUCACUAUCGUAGCAACUGGCACGCUUUUGCGGCUGUGUGCGGUCAGUGGAGCGGCUUGGAAGGACAGAGGGCGCGCUUGCGCGUCAGGUCUGUCAUCGUGAACCAGGCGAAAUGCCAACAGGGUCAGGGGCUAGCUCGUGUUUUGCCUGAAUGCCUCCAGCGAUCGACUGGCGGCGGCCUCUUAUGGACUGAAGCGCCGGAGCAGUUUGGGAAGAGGCUUGGUCUAGAUAUGGAGAAGUGUGAAAGAGUUAGAGGACUACGAGCUGCAGGGGAAAACAAGGAAGCGAAAGAGGGGGGAAAAUGAGGAGGAACGAAAGGGCGGAAAGGGAAAAGGCCGGGCCCGUCCCCGGAGAAGAGGGGGGAGGAGCGGAGACAAGCAAAAAGAGAAAGAGGGGGAAGAGCACAGAGGAAAAGGGGGGGGGCGAAUUAGGGAGGGUGAGUGCCUGCCCCUGGGGAAGGUGGAGAUGACGGCGGGGGAGAGACAGGCAGGGGCCAGCCGGGUGAGGAGCGGCGGGGCGCCCAUGCUGAGAGAGUGCAGGGCGGCGAUGGGCAUGAGGAAGGGAGAACGGGGAGCAAGCGGCCAUCGGUGAAGUGUGGCCAAAGACGAGGAGGAAGGGGCGCCGCGCCAAGGGCGCCGAAAGUGAAGGGGAAGAAAGAGCCAGCGAAGGGUGGGGAGGGCUGGCACUGUAGAGCCCGCAAGGGAGAGCGGGGAAACGUGGACCCGCCAAGGGAGUACAGCUAGAGGGAUGAGCGGCGCUAGGGGUAGGGAAGAGUGCGAGAAGGGGACGGCAAGCGCACGGGCGGGGAGCUGAGGGGGAAGAGCUUGGAGACGGAGAAGGGAAGAGGCCCAAGAACAAGGGCAGGGAAGGAGACAAGGGCAAGCCCAGCCAAAGAGGAAAAAGGGCUGGACGAAAUGAGGCCAAGGGGGACGAGAUGCAGGGGCCGCGUAGGGGGGGGCCGCCCCUUGUUAGGGAAAGUUGAGAAGGCGGACGUCGGAGGCGGGCGCCGCACUUUCCUGGGGCCCCCCGGGGGGUUGGCGGUUGGAGUUUCGCGCCCUCCGUCUUUGCGGGGUCGGGUUGGGGCUUUCUAAUCUUUUGAACAGGCCAACGCCUAAACCACUAAGCCAACUGCUGUUUACUUAUCACGCUCCACGCCGUUGGCGCGCCGGUGGACGAGGGCAGAAGCUUUCUCCCUUCGCUAGCUGGGCGUGCUUCGUCGUAGGCGAGGGCAUUGUCUUCGCCGCGGUUGUUCAAAGCUGUUGCGAUCGCUUUUGUUGUCUUUUUGCCAGCGACGGGCUUGGGCGGAGAGGUGGCUUUCUGGUGGCUCUUCGAAGCUUUCGACUUCUGGGCCCAGCUGCUUUGUCGCCGUCGUCGCUUUUCUGCUCCGGCGCUUUCUUUGUGCUUCUUUUCCGCCUCUCUCUGCUUCUGCCUUGGGGUCUUCUUCGUCUUGCGCCUUGCGCUCUUCCACGCGCGCUUUGCGGACUGAAGCCCAGACUGCCUGUGUUGGCUUGCGGUCCCAGUCCGUGAGGACUUCUUAUUCGCUGCGCGUGAUGAGAUGUCUGGCGAUCGACUCUCCUUUCGCCGUGGCCGCCGGACGGGGUUUCCAGCUGGUUUCUUUGCCGGCUGCGGGCUUUCCUCCGCGAGCAGCCCGCAGCCGGCGCUUUCGUGCCACCUUCGCACCUGCCUCGGGGGUCUCUUCCUUGGUGAGACUCUUCGAGGGCCAAGGCUUUGCGGCCAGCUCUUCGCGGUAGGCCGUGAGCGAGAGUCGGGACCGCAUUGGCGUGGUUUCUGCCUCUGUGAGGGCCCCGCUUCGGUCGAUGAAGCGCGGGCCCCCCAGGUCUUUGCUGACUGUUUCCACGAGCCCCGCAUCUGGAAGCUCGCCCGCCAUUUGGCGGAGGGCGCUAGUCCAGUCCGUGGCCAGGGCGCUCAUGGCGAUUUUUUCGUCGUAGGCGUCUUUGUCCUGCAGCUGCUUCUGCAGCUUCGCAAUGGCUUCGCUCGCCAUACUCGGGCGGAGCAGAUCGCCAUAGAUCAGCUUCGCCAGGGCUUUGCCCUUCUCGUCUGUGUCUUCGUUGCUGACUGCCUGGCGUUUUGCCAGUGUGGGCAACGAGGUCGCCAGCGUCUUUCAGCGAGGUCACUGCGUUUUUUCGCUUUAUUUUGAAAUCAGAGCGCGGGGGCGCUGCUGCUUUUUUUUCUAGUGGCAGCGGGCAUUUCUAUCAUUCAGAAAGGCCUUGGACUUUUUAGGAAAGAGACGGCGCUUGCUUGAGUCCAUCGCGGUUUUGCGCCCAUGGACUAAGAGCGUGCUGCCACGGCGCGGCGCUCGUGAGGAAGCGCCUCCGCGCCUCCCCUGACGGCGCACGCGGCCAGACGCGCCACUGUGAGUCCACCUGCACCUCUCAACAGGCAGCCGCGCGCCCGCCCACUACGCGGCCGGACGGCACGUUGGCUGCCCACCGGCCCACGCGCGGGCACGUUGUCCCGCGCGCCGGUGGCCGCUCCGCACAUCCGCAUCUGCCCCGCCCGUUGCCGUUCCUCAUGUGAAGUUCCCCCCGUGGGUGUAGCAUUAACGCUCUCACCCUGCCGCGCCUGGGCCUCCCGUAGAGGCGCAGGCCGUAGUCUGCCUUCGUUCGCCGGGGCGCGCCAAUGCGCCGCCGGUGGCGCCAACUCGCGGCUGCGCUUUUGCACGACCACAAGACGGCGGGAACUUUUCAGAGCGUGCAGGCUUCUCUCGCCUACAUUAGGUCGCCAGUUAGUAUAACCACUCCCGCCGCUGGCUCCUCCAGUGCGUAGGUGCUUCAUCUAACAUCAACGACGACGGUGUUCGCACGUCCGCAGAACACAGCAUGGGGCUUUUUGGGUGGGGCUCUCAGCAGCAAGAAUGGGCAGGCCCGCAGCUCCUUGUGUCUUUCCGUUUCCUGAACAGUGCCGCCUCAAGAAGUGAAGUGGCUCGCGAAGUUUUUAACGGGUGGAGAGACGCACUAAACAAGGAACCACCCAUCACGCAUUCCAUGACAACAACGGAUGAUGAUGUGCGCCUUUACGAACACAUGACUGGCGCACUCCUCCUGCAGUGGGAGGCACAGAGGCGCAAUUUAAAGGGACUAGUUACACAAGAGCAUGACGCUUUCCACCCCCCAAAGAUCUUCUCCAAUUUGGCCAGCUGGCCUAGAUUCCAGCUCGACCUCGACGAACAAUCCCUCCGAGGAGAUGAUGUUGCUCGCUGUCAGUUCUUGACAGAAGGCCUUCAGGGUCAGGAAGAUCAUUUCGCAUCAUCUGAUGUCAUCAGCGCGAGACCGCCAUUGGAAGUGCCGCUAUUAAAAUACGUAGAAUCUCGUAACCUAAAGUCGGCGGAGAAUCCGCGUUUAGAUGGAAUACUAAAUGUUGUUGCGGAGCAGAAGCAAUACAACUAUCUUGACGGUGACGGUUCAGCUACUGUUUUUGGUUUGGGGGUAGAAAAGCGGUUCGCGCUGAAGCACGUAGUAGUAAGUCUAAAGGCUCGAAAGGGGAUGAAGCUCCGUCGGAUGAAUUUGCCAGAGCGCUGGUCCAGCUCAUCAAUCGAGGCCGAGGAGUACCACGAAUAUCUACCGGCAUCGGUCAUCGCAGCUUUACGGACCGCCUUGCAAGAUAUGUGCGUUUCGCUCCAUGUCACUAAGGUGGCGUCCGGAUGCUGUGUCCACACGUACCACGCGUUAACAUCAUUGACGCGCUCGAAUGGGCGCGAAGCGCUCCAUAUUGUGCUGGUGCAAGAGCGGCUACCUGAGCAGAAGAGGCUUGAUCAAUACAUCGGGCGGAUCGACGAACGCACCGCGCUUUCGCCUGGUAUGGAGAUUGGAGAACAGCUUUCUCAGCGGGUGCAGCAAAUUAACGAAGCCGGGUAUGCGCAUCUCGAUGUGAGGCCUGCGAACAUGAUCGUCGCGCAGGGAAAUGGACACGGGCAGGCAGUGGUAAAGCUGAUCAACUUCGGGACAGCACAGCCAGCCAGCCUGAAGCUCACGAAAAAGGUGCAGUUUAGUGGAGUGCUCCCUUGUUGGUACGUGGAUCCGAUAUGGGUAGCUAGAACAUAUUGUACUACUCAAGGAGAACUAAACUUUGGUGGAGACAUACCAGUCCCAAUGGCGGCGCAGUCCGAUAAGUGGUCUGUGGGCGUAAGUCGCCUGAGAUACAGUCUUGGAGCUCCGGAGUUGGAGCAGUUGCAAAACGUGGACACUGGCGUUUUCCCCCUUAAAAAUAAUGAAAAUUGGAGCACCUACUGCAGAUUUUGGGCCAAAAGGUUGAGUGAAAAUUUGGUGACGCUGGAAGGUGUCCUUGAUGGCGCAAUCACUACGAGAGGCGACGCAAGUUUGAAGAAUUUUGUGCUUACGACUGCGAAGCUCUUGCAUCUGGAGCCAGAAUCUCGCGAGUGGCCAGCAGAAGCUCCACCAAAAGGUCCUAGUGCAAUACAGCUGAGCUCUUCCUCCUCCGCUCUGCAGGUCUCUUUCCUGGGCGAUGUCAUUCCGGUGCGUGACAAUUCCUUCCUAGACACGUCACUGACGGAUUUUGUGGACCCUUUGGAUGAAGAUCAACCGCAUGUGCAGGAACCUGCUAGACUUUCACAAGGGUCGUCAGAAGUAUCAUCGUCUUCACCAAAAGGACCACGAGUAUCGGCAUCUUCCGGCUCAUCUUCAGACUAUGGAGCAAGAUCUUCGUCAGCAUCUACUGUGGGAGUUGUGUCAAAGCACGUACAAGAGGCAGAGACUGGCGGUCCACAGUUUCUCGCAGACGAAAAUGGGGAGAUGGGCGCGGCGUCCUUGUCGCCGUGAUUGAAGAUACAAGAAAAAUUUAUGAAUCAUGAUCUCAUGACGAAAUUGAAGACCGCCUUUUUCCUUUCUUGCAUAUCAUGGCCAUUGCUGCUCAGAAACCAAAACCAAAGCUUGCAUAUCAUUGCCAUGCACGUCUGAUUGUUUUCGUGGACUUAUCUAAUAAAUAGUAAGCACGGAAGAUAGCAAAAACUGACUUCUACAUCUAGAACUCAAAGCCCACUCUUCGAUAUAUCUGGAAUACAACUCUAACACACUUGUGAAGGCGGAGGAGGGUGU